UAGGUUAAUUAGAACAACAAAAUCAAAUUAGUGAGAAAUAGUAGUAGUCCGUACUACAUUGUCUCAUCUCGUCAAGAUCGAUCGAAAUUCCUUCAUCAUUACCAUGACUCAACCAAAUUCCACAAGCAAGAUGACCUCUCUUCCACCAUCAUCAUCACCAUUACCCGGCUUCGUUUUUCAACCCACACCUCGAGAAAUAUUCACUUAUUUUCUUCCUCAAAGGUUACUUUUUGGUCUCGAAUCAUUACUUACCUACCAAGAUUUUGUGUCGGACAUCGAUCUUUAUGAAAACAAGACUCCCGAAGACAUAUCCGAAAGCUCAGAACAGACAGAAUUCUACUUUUUCACUAAGUGUAAAGGAUCCGGUAAGAAGAUAAAAAGAGAAAUACCCGGAAAAGGAAAUUGGACGAGUCACAGUCAAACGAUUGAUUGCUUAGUGGAGAUUGAAGGGAAGGAGAGAAGAGUUGGUUCAAGCCGACAAUUCAAAUUUCAAAAUAAUCCAUGCAAAGAUUCUAGGGUUUCUUGGAUCAUGCAUGAAUAUUUGGCGGAUAAAGAUUAUAUAAAGGACGUAGCCCUAUCCAAAAACUGCAAAAAUAUCAAUAACGAAAGUAUAAUAGCAUUAUGCCAUGUUUACAAGAAAGUGGAGACAAAAGCAGAGAAUAAUGUGGUGAAAUAUUCGAACACAAUUUUGAACAACAAAAGAAAAGGAGAUUGCAUGUUAAUGUUGGAGGGAAGCAAGAAGAUUUGCAUUAACAACGAAACAAUUAGGACAUCUAAUGAAGAGGAAACAAUGAAGAUUAGCAUUAUCAAUGGAGAUGAUAAGGAGAUUACGGAAGCUAAUUAUGUUGAUAAAGAUAUUGAUGAAGUCCUCAACAUGAUUAAUUUCAAUGAUUUGUCGUCAGAAAUCGAUGAUUGGGAUUUCAACAACAAGAAUGAUGAUUAUACGACUAAUAUUACUACUACUAUUGAUGAUGCUAAUUUUGAGAGAGUCUUAUCGUCAGAGGAACACAAGUGGAGUUCCUACUUGAAUGUUCAACAGUUUAUCGAGACAUCAUCGGAUUUUCCAACAAUGGAUGCUGCAGGAUUCAACAACAACAACAACGAAAAUUAUGUUUCUAGUAUAGAAAAGUUUUUACUAGGUUGAGUACUUGUAAGCUAGUUUAAUGACUAUUUUAAUUUGUAUGAUUCUGGGUUUUUGGGUGCCUCGGGAGGUCCUUCUAGAAGGUUCGCCCUAGCCUCAAUACCCUAGCUUAAAUUAGGUUGUACUGUACAUUUUUUUGGCAGCAAUUAAUAUAGAUAUAUUAUUUGACGAAUUCGAGGAAGA